UUUCAUUAGGGUAUCUUCAGCCUAGAGGGCUGGUCUCCCGAACAACUCGGAGCAGCCUCAGGUGCACUUUCCCGUCUCCUCUUGGAAAAGCAACGAAUAAGAAAGACGCAGCCUCCUAGAGAAGCCGGAAUGGCCGGCUAGGCGCAACCGGAAGUCGCACUACGCCGGCUCGGCAGGCCAGAUGGCGCUCGGCUGCGGCGCUUCCGGUUCCGGUGGCAUCUCCCAGCAUCCUGCCGCGGAGGAGGUCUCCGGGAGGCUGGAGCUGUACCCAGACCCUCUGGUCUUAGAGAUGAUAUUCACCAGGCUCUAAAGAAGAAGUCAAGCGAAGAUUAAGGGGACCUGGAGAGGAAGCUUUCUUAAAAGACAGCAAUGACAAGAGAGAACUGGACCCACAAUGCUUUGCCACAAGAAGGCCUCGUGAAAGGGAAGGAUGACAACUGGAAGUGGGGAGCCAGCUACCCAGGCAGCAGCUCCUCCAUGUGGGAAACCUCGCAUACACAGUUCAGACAGCUGCGUUACCACGAGACCUCCGGACCCCAGGAGGCCCUGAGCCGGCUCCGGGAGCUCUGUCGCCGGUGGCUGAGGCCAGAGGCACGCACCAAGGCCCAGAUCCUGGAGCUGCUGGUGCUGGAGCAGUUCCUGAGCAUCCUGCCAGGGGAGCUACGGACCUGGGUGCAGCUCCAUCGGCCUGGAAGUGGGGAGGAGGCUGUGAUCCUGGUAGAGGAGCUGCAAGAGUACCUGGAUGGAUCAGUGCUAACGGUGAGAAGAGCCGGCACGGGGGUUCCUGUACUUGUCCACAACCAGGACACUGUCCAGGAGGUGUCCAGUGCUCCGGGAGCAGCACUUCCUCCUGCACCUCCCAGCAGCCACUUAGCAGCUGAAAUCCACCUGAAACCUCUUCCUGACCCGGUGGUCUUCAAUCUCCAGGAUCCUCUGCAUGAUUCUCCUGCCCCUGAAGCAUCUACCCUUUCCCAGGAAGAGAACCCACGAAAUCAAUUGAUGGCACUUAUGCUUCUGACAGCCCAGCCACAGGAGUUGGUGAUGUUUGAGGAGGUCUCAGUAUGCUUCACCUCAGAGGAAUGGGCGUGUCUGGGCCCAAUCCAGAGAGCCUUGUACUGGGAUGUGAUGCUAGAGAAUUAUGGAAAUGUUACCUCCCUAGAAUGGGAGACAAUGAUGGAGAAUGAGGAGGUGACACCAAAGCAGAAUAUUUCUCAAAGAGCAGACACUCAGAGAGGAACAUCAAAAAGACUACGCGAAAGUGUUCCCCAGGUCCUUGACUUUGAGGAAGAGUGUGAAUGGCAAGUUUUGCCAAGUCAGUUGGGAAAUGAAACUGGGGAAAGAGGAGAUACAUUGAAGAAAGUUGCCAUUUGUGAACGAGACAAGAAGAGAAGGACUCUACUAGAAAAACAGGGCCAGACAGGGAAGGAAUUUGGCAAAAACUUGACUUUAGGUUCAGCUAUUUCUGAAAGCUUAAUUGGUACUGAAGGAAAGAAAUUUUAUAAAUGUGAUAUGUGUUGUAAACAUUUUAAUAAAAUCUCUCAUCUUUUAAACCAUCAGAGAAUCCACACUGGUGAGAAACCUUAUAAAUGUAAAGAAUGUGGAAAAGGCUUUAUUCAGCGCUCAAGCCUCCGGAUGCACUUGCGGAACCAUUCUGGGGAGAAACCUUACAAAUGUACUGAAUGUGGGAAAGCAUUCUCUCAGAGUGCUUACCUCCUGAAUCACCAGAGGAUCCAUACCGGGGAGAAGCCCUACAAAUGUAAGGAGUGUGGGAAGGGCUUCUAUAGGCACUCAGGUCUGAUUAUACAUUUACGCCGCCACUCAGGGGAGAGGCCAUUUAAAUGUAAUGAGUGUGGGAAGGUUUUCUCCCAAAAUGGAUACCUUGUUGACCAUCAGAGGCUCCACAAAGGAGAAGAACCUUACAAAUGCAACAAGUGCCAGAAAGCUUUCAUUCUAAAGAAGAGCCUCAUUCUGCACCAGAGAAUCCACUCUGGGGAGAAACCCCAUAAAUGUGAUGAGUGUGGAAAAACCUUUGCUCAGACCACCUACCUUGUUGACCACCAGCGACUCCACAGUGCAGAGAACCCUUACAAGUGUAAAGAGUGUGGCAAAGUGUUCAUUCGAAGUAAAAGCCUCCUCUUGCACCAGCGAGUCCACACAGAAAAGAAAACCUUUGGUUGUAAAAAAUGUGGAAAGAUUUUCAGUGCUAAGUCAAACCUCAUUGAGCACAAAAGGAUGCACAGCCGAGAGAAGCCCUACAAGUGUACUGAGUGUGGGAAAGCCUUCACACAGAGUGCUUACCUCUUUGACCACCAGAGGCUGCACAAUGGAGAGAAACCUUAUGAGUGUAAUGAGUGUGGGAAAAUUUUCAUUUUAAAGAAGAGCCUCAUUUUACAUCAGAGGUUCCACACUGGAGAGAACCUCUAUGAGUGUAAAGACUGUGGCAAGGUCUUUGGUUCUAACAGAAAUCUCAUUGACCAUGAGAGACUCCACAAUGGAGAGAAGCCAUAUGAAUGUCGGGAGUGUGGGAAAACCUUUAUCAUGAGCAAAAGUUUCAUGGUUCAUCAGAAACUCCACACCCAGGAGAAAGCAUAUAAAUGUGAGGAUUGUGGAAAGGCUUUUAGUUACAAUUCAAGCUUGCUUGUACACCGGAGAAUCCACACUGGAGAAAAGCCUUUUGAAUGUAGUGAAUGUGGGCGAGCUUUCAGCUCAAACAGAAACCUCAUUGAACAUAAGAGAAUUCAUAGUGGUGAGAAGCCCUAUGAAUGUAAUGAGUGUGGCAAAUGCUUCAUUCUGAAGAAAAGCCUCAUUGGACAUCAAAGGAUUCACACACGGGAAAAAUCUUACAAGUGCAAUGACUGUGGGAAAAUCUUCAGUUACCGCUCAAACCUGAUAGCCCACCAGAGGAUCCACACUGGUGAGAAGCCCUAUGCAUGUAAUGAGUGUGGGAAAGGCUUUACCUACAACAGAAACCUUACUGAACAUCAAAGAAUUCACAGUGGGGAGAAAACCUAUGAGUGCCAUAUAUGUAGAAAAGUCCUUACCUCUAGUCGAAACCUUAUGGUACAUCAAAGAAUCCACACUGGUGAGAAGCCUUAUAAAUGUGGUGAGUGUGGAAAAGACUUUAGUCAGAAUAAAAACCUUGUUGUACAUCAGAGAAUGCACACUGGGGAAAAACCUUAUGAGUGUGAGAAGUGUAGGAAAUCCUUUACUUCUAAGAGGAACUUGGUUGGCCACCAACGAAUCCACACAGGAGAGAAACCGUAUGGGUGUAAUGAUUGUAGUAAAGGCUUUAGUCAGAGUGCAAACCUUGUUGUGCAUCAGCGAAUUCACACGGGGGAGAAACCCUUUGAAUGUCACGAAUGUGGGAAGGCCUUCAUUCAGAGUGCAAACCUUGUUGUGCAUCAGAGAAUCCACACUGGACAGAAACCAUAUGUGUGUGCAAAAUGUGGGAAAGCCUUCACACAGAGUUCCAAUCUGACUGUACAUCAGAAGAUCCACUCCUUAGAAAAAACCUUCAAAUGCAGUGAAUGUGAGAAAGCCUUUAGUUACAGCUCGCAACUUGCCCGGCACCAGAAGGUCCACAUUACUGAAAAAUGUUACGAGUGCAACGAGUGCGGGAAAACGUUUACUCGGAGCUCAAACCUCAUUGUCCACCAGAGAAUCCACACUGGGGAAAAGCCCUUUGCCUGUAAUGACUGUGGCAAAGCCUUUACUCAGAGUGCAAAUCUUAUCGUACAUCAGCGAAGCCAUACUGGUGAGAAGCCAUAUGAGUGCAAAGAAUGUGGAAAAGCCUUUAGCUGCUUUUCACACCUUAUUGUGCACCAGAGAAUCCACACUGCAGAGAAACCAUAUGACUGCAGUGAGUGUGGGAAAGCCUUCAGUCAGCUGUCUUGCCUUAUUGUCCAUCAGAGAAUCCACAGUGGAGACCUUCCGUAUGUGUGUAAUGAGUGUGGGAAGGCUUUCACAUGUAGCUCGUACCUACUUAUUCACCAGAGGAUCCACAAUGGAGAGAAACCUUACACCUGUCACGAGUGUGGCAAGGCCUUCAGGCAGAGGUCGAGCCUCACUGUGCACCAGAGGACCCACACUGGGGAGAAGCCUUACGAGUGCGAGAAGUGCGGUGCAGCGUUCAUUUCUAACUCGCACCUCAUGCGACACCACAGAACCCAUCUUGGUAAAAAAGCUUGGAAAUGUCAUGAGUGUGGGAAGAACUUUACUCAGAGCUCUUCCCUCAUCCAACACCAGAGGACUCACACUGGAGAGAGGCCCUACCCUUGCACAGAAUGUGGCAGAGCAUUUAGUCGUAAUUCUUUUCUUGUUCAACAUCAAAGAAUUCAUGCUGGAGUGAAACCAUAUGAAUGUGAGCAGUGUGGGAAAACAUUUAGAUGUCGAUCAUUUCUCACUCAGCAUCAGAGAAUCCACACCGGGGAGAAGCCUUAUAAAUGUACUGAAUGUGGGAAUUCUUUCCGCAAUUAUUCACAUCUCAAUGAACACCAGAGAAUUCACAGUGAAGAGAAGCCUUAUAAAUGUGAUAGAUGUGACAAGGCUUUCAACCAGAACACACACCUUAUUCAUCACCAGAGAAUUCACACUGGAGAGAAGCCUUAUUUAUGUAAUGAAUGUGGUUCUUCUUUUCGCAAGCACUCAAAUCUUAUCCAGCAUCAGAGAAUUCACACUGGGGAAAAACCUCAUCAAUGUGAUGAAUGUGGAAAAACCUUCCAAACAAAGGCAAAUCUGUCUCAGCAUCAGAGAAUUCAUACUGGAGAAAAACCAUAUAAGUGUAAGGAAUGUGGCAAGGCCUUCUGUCAGAGCCCAUCUCUUAUUAAACACCAGCGCAUUCACACUGGUGAAAAACCUUAUAAAUGUGAAGAAUGUGGCAAAGCUUUUACUCAGAGUACCCCACUCACCAAACAUCAGAGAAUCCACACUGGGGAGAGACCCUACAAGUGCACUGAAUGUGGCAAAGCCUUCAUUCAGAGCAUUUGCCUCAUUCGCCAUCAGAGAAGUCACACUGGAGAAAAACCCUACAAAUGCAGUGCAUGUGGAAAGGGCUUCAACCAGAACACCUGCCUCACACAGCACAUGAGGAUUCAUACUGGAGAGAAGCCCUAUAAGUGUAAGGAAUGUGGGAAAGCAUUUGCACAUAGUUCUUCUCUUACUGAACAUCAUAGGACUCACACUGGUGAGAAGUUGUAUAAAUGUAGUGAGUGUGAGAAAACCUUCCGCAAAUAUGCGCACCUGAGUGAGCACUACCGAAUUCACACUGGUGAGAAGCCUUAUGAGUGCAUUGAAUGUGGGAAGUUCUUCAGACACAGUUCAGUCCUUUUCAGACACCAGAAACUUCACAGUGGGGAAUGAUUCUGCCCCAUAGCUUGUUACAGUUUCUCUAGAUAGAGUGACUAGGAAUCUGGCUGGGCAGAGAGGGCCAGGAGAAGGAUGAAGUUGGCUUCACUACUCUGUUCUGAGGAGCAUACUCCAGAAAUGGGAGUGGGCUUGAAUAAUAUAGAGCUGACUCCAAGAGGACACCUGGGAAUAUGGGGUUGAAAGGAAAUUCCAACUUUUCAGAUAAGCCUGUGGACCACCAGUCCUGCUGGUGAGACUUGGGGCAUUUGUAAAUAAACAUUUGUGCUUCUUUCAAACUCCUACCCACCCUCUGACCUUGUUAUCUGUAUGCAUUGGAUGGGAAGGGGGUUGAUGGUCCCUUUCCAAACAGUGAGGAGGGGAGAAGCUACAUCAGAACUUGAAGUAGCUACCAUAUACUUACGAUUCUCUGAACAUACCUGUGAGGAUACCAGGGAGACCCUGACCUGAGGAAGUGGUCCUGUGAAUUGGAAAUAGGCAGAAUUGAGAAACAAUGUGUAUUCAUUCAUUGGUUUGUUCAUUAAACAAGGGGAUAUGUGGCAAGA